AUGCACCGCUGGUUCAUAGGCCGGCUUGCGCGACUUGUCGGGUCGAUUCCUGUAGCGCGGCCGUUGGACCGUCUGUGCUGUGGCACCGGCCUCGUCCAUGUGGACGGCGGCGUGUUGCGAGGACGCAACACGCGGUUUACAGAGGAGCUCGCGGACGGGGCAGUGGUGGUGGUGGGCGCGCGGGGCGAACAGGUAGUGGAGGUGAGCCGAGUGGAGUCAGACGAGGUCGCAGUGCUGCGCGCACAGGGCACGCAGGGCACAGGGUGGGCGGCGUUCAGAUACGGGGCAAAGGUCGACCAGAGCGGGGUGUAUGCGGAGGUCUUCCGGCGGCUGGAGAGCGGCGGGAGCAUCGGCAUCUUCCCGGAGGGAGGGAGUCACGACCGCGCGGACCUGCUUCCGCUGAAAGCGGGGGUGGCGGUCAUGGCGUUGGGGGCUCUGGCAAGAAACGCAGGGAUGGAGCUGAAGAUCGUGCCGUGCGGGAUGAACUACUUCAACGCCCACCGGUUCAGGUCGCGGGCGGUCCUGGAGUUCGGAAUGCCGCUGGAGAUCCCGCAGGAGUUGGUCGACAGGUACCGGGCGGGAGAGCGGCACGAAGCGGUCCGGGCGGUCUUGGAUAUGAUCUACAAUGCUCUGCUGGCGGUGACGGUGCGGACAGCGGACUAUGAGACGCUGAUGUUUAUCCAGGCAGGGAGGAGGCUGUAUAGGUCGGGGAACCGACAGCUGCCUCUGCAGCAGAUUGUCGAGCUGAAUCGGCGGUUUAUUCAGGGAUACAAUCACUACAAGGAAGAUCCAAGGGUAGUAAAGUUACGCAAGGCGAUUCUUGCGUACAACCGGGAACUGUACUUGCUUGGAAUCAGGGACCACGAGGUGCAGAGUGCAAAAUACAGUGGGCCGAAAGUAGUACGGCUGCUGGUAUACAGGAGUAUCAAGUUUCUGGUGCUUGCAAUCUUGUCCCUUCCAGGAGUGGUUUUAUUUUCACCCAUUUUUGCAGCCACGAGAAUUAUAUCGAAAAAAAAAGCAAAAGAGGCAUUGGAUGCAUCGACGGUAAAGAUCGAGGGAAGGGAUGUACUGGCGACAUGGAAGCUUUUAGUAGCAUUGGCGCUUGCGCCAACAUUGCUUUUGUUUUAUUCAAUAGUAAUUGCGUGCAUUGUAGUUUAUUAUCAAAUGGUUCCGUAUUCAAAGAAGUGGAUCUGUGCAAUGAUUGUGAUAAAUAUGGUUUUGAUAUCAGUGUUAUCGUUUGCAGCACUGCGGUUUGGGGAGAGCGGGCUAGAUAUCUACAAGUCUCUAAGGCCUCUAUUUUUGAGUUUGAAUCCUACAUCGGCAAAUACGAUUUACAAGCUGCGUCAGACACGAGAGGCCCUGGCAAUUGAGUUGACAGAGCUGAUUAAUACGCUGGGUCCAGAAUUGUUUCCGGAUUUUGACCCUGGCAAGGUGAUUGCAAUGCCUGAAUACAUGAUUCAGAACAGCAGGACUUGCCAGAGUCAUAGUCGGACUGCAUCAUUUGAUAAAAGUGAUGAUUUAAGUAGCUCUAGAACACUGUCAUGUGCCUCUACACUGGAUUUGUCACGCAAUACUAGUCUUCAGAGUUUGCCGUCUCUGCAGCUUUUUACAAGCUAUUCUUUUGGUUCAAAUAGCAAAAUAGACAGUUUUUACGAAGACAAUCAGAAAAUAAACAAGAAUAAUAAACUUAGUAAGAGUGAAAGCUUUGAAGAAGUUUCAAAAAAAAUUCGAAAGGCUAUGAAACAAAGAAUACAAAAACGAAAUGUUAAAAAAUUGCAUGUAUACCCUGAAUUCAAUUUUGAUGUUAGCGAUGAAAGUGAUUAUUUAAAAUCUUCUUCUAGUAUGAGUCAAAGCGAAAUGGAGAUAGAAAGUGAAACAGAAUACGAGUAUAGGGAAUCGAAAAAGGAAUUGUAG